AUGGCACCCCGCGGCAACCUCACCGGCUUCGACCCGCAAAAGCUCGCCGCGUCCUCAGGCGCACCACCUCGAGAUCCAUGGGCUCGAUACGAAGCAUGGCGCUACACCGGCCCAUUCAGCCGCUGGAACCGCUUUAAGGGCGCCUUCCCCGGCCUCGGCAUCGCGACAGUCGCAUUCGCAGGGUAUCUCGUAUAUGAGAGGAUCUUCUUGAAAGACGAGCAUGGGCAUGGGGACGGUGGGGAUCAUCAUGGUAUCGCUACGUGA